CCCCCAUUAGGACUCAAACAAAUUUAAACCAUCUAAAACAAAUUUCUGGAAAUUCCCAGCAACUUUAGUGACCACCCAAAUUCUGUCACUAAAGGCCUGAACGUCUGUUGCUAAAACCUCAGAAUUGCACCCUCACAAAAAAUCACCAAAUCAAUUGACCUAACUCAAAGGGAUCGAGUUCCCUUACCUCUAGAACGUGCCUAGGCCUAGAUUGGAUGACCCGGGAUGUUGAUCUCCUUGCUGAUCGAACCCUCAAUGGCACCGCUAAAAAGAACGAGCUUCGGAUUAGACUAUAUCGAUCAAUCGCGUUUAGAAAUCACGAAGGGGUUCGUGAUCCUUACCAAGAAACACGAGAGGGAUGGGAUCAGGAUCAGGAUUGGGUGCCGGAACCAACUCCUUCUUCUCCUCUCGCCCUCGCGGGGUUGGGGAUUAGCGGCGGUUGAGGUUUCUCGCGGCCGCUGCGUUGGAAAAGUGGGGCGGGGGUUUGGGAAUAUUACAGGGCCGAGGGGUUUUUUUUCUUUAUCUUUGCUUGGCGGCUGGGGGGGAUAGAGAGAGGGCCUGCGGGUCGGCUGGGAAACUCUCUACUGGUCGAGGUUGGAAAAAUAAUUGGGAGGCGGCUUGAGGUUUCUAAUAGGGAAAACUGGCGGCCCGGGAAAAAAUAAUGGGGAGGCCGCUCGCCCCCCCCCCCCCCCAGGUCGGAAUUGCACUUUUUUUUCUUGUAAUAAUAAAAUAAUAAUUAUUAUUAUUACUACUAAUCCGCGUUUGCAACCUUUUAGUACGCAACUGACAACCCAAUCGAUCACGAAUUAUGAUCGAACCAUAACCCAAAAUUCGGGGUGUUACAAACCAAAGACAAUAGCAGUAUCCAGAAAAGGAACGAAGUACCAGGCCAACCAAACUGAGAAUGAAAGCCGACGGGAAAGAAUAAGAAUCCAGCGUUGGUGGAGAAGAAACCGAAGUAUGAUUAUGGAGAGAGCCGGACCAAGUAACCAGCAGAACCGAGAAAGAGAGAGCCGACGGAGAUAACCAAUAAAAAUACCGCCCGCCAACCAGAAGCACACGAACACGGAGCAGCCGAAACCCAACGCGCAGACCAGAACACGAGCUCAAAAAUCAAAAGCGCGAGGCUCUGAUACCAUGUUAAAACUCUAAUUGAAUCAAAAGAACAUGAACACGGGACACGGGAUUUACCUGGUUUCCUAAAUGAUAAUCAUUGAAACUAGUCCACGGUACAAGGCAGUUCGUAGUUCUUAUUACGUACGUAUGUGUUACAAAAUAAGAUGGCCUUCUCAAAAUAUAUACUCGGCCGAUCUAGACAAAAUAGUCCUCUAACUUCUAACAGUAGGUAGCACUGCAACGUUAAAAUUAUAAUAAGUAGUAUCUCUAAUAACUUAAUAGUGAGAUUAAUAUACAAUUAUGGUGGGGGAAAUAACAUUCAUUGAUACCUUAAAAGUACCUGUUUCUUGAAAAUAAAUACUACAAAGUGGGUGUUCCAGAGAGUCGAGAAUCACGAGUUUGGACGUUAAAGGAGGACGUGAGCUAGUUGAGGUUUGGAAGACAGCAAUUAGUGGUUCUGGGUUGGUUAUAUAUUUAGAUAUUUGAAACGGAGUAAAUUAAUCCAACCCAACCCACACUAUUUUUUCACAUUUCCAACAAUCUCCACCCAUGACUGAUUUGCUCCUUUUGCUUUGGGAGCUAUUAGUGUCAUGGGAGCCAGCUGAUUUGUUUAUUUUUAUUUUUUAUUAAUGCUUCAUAUUGCACUCAAUGUUUUAAUCUCAAGCAUUGCCUCAUUGGUGCAUAAUAUUUUCUAUUACGUAUGUCACUACGGGAAAAAUGACUUUUUGCAACACUCAGAUUGCAACACUAUGUGAAAAUGUUGUGUCAAAUACACACUAGUAACACUUUUUCUUAGAGUUUCGAAAAAGACCCUAUUGCAAUACUUAAAUUAAACACAGUGUAAAAUAGUUGCCUUACAUAUACAAUAGCAACACUUUUUUUUGAAGUUGCAUAUUAAGUAGUUUAUGCAACUUUAAUCAAUUAUAUGUUGCAUUUGCUCUAUUAUUCGCAACACAUAUACCCUAAUUAAUUUUUGAGUUGCCUAGACAAAGAAAGAGUACUUAUAUAAUUAUAAAUAAUAUAUAUCAGAUCAACUAUUGUCCAUUCUUAACAGCUUGCUAACUAUAAAAACGAUGGAAAAUUGGGAAUGCAAUUCUCCUCACUAAUGGACAUUCUUUUGCAGACUAGGUUGACUGCAUCAUUUUAUUUUAUAAUUGACAUUAUUUCCGGUGAAUAUGAUUAGCAUUAUUUCUUGCUAAGCCAAACUCCAAACGGAGCAUGUAUGGCCAUCUGGGUAAAAUACUAAUGCAAGAAAAAAGAUCCUGUUGGCUGAAAUAAAAAUUAAGAGGAUAA